UAUCGCGUAAAACUGGAAACUAGGAUCGUUACAAGUAUCGUAAUCGACCACCUGGUUGUGUAUAGUGUUGUAUCCCUUUUAUCGGCUGAUGUGUUUGGCUGUACUGGUGAUCUGAUUUGUCUCCAAAUAGGAUUAUUUUUUCCUCGUGGUUGACACAAGUAAAGAAAAAUGGAGACAGCACCAGCGAUGCCUACACAGUCAUCAAGGAAAAGACCUAGUAGGUUUUUGCUACUAUGGUUUCUUUUUCGGACAAUGCAUGUAACUCACAGCGGGGAAGAGUCCAGCAAGCCAGAAGACGAUGAAGUAUCAGUGAGUGACACAGUAGCAUCUCCAGCUGAUGAUGCUUUAGCUAAAGUCAAUCUUCCUAAGAAGUUGCCUUCUAUAGUAGAAAUAAAAAAGGCAUUACCUGCUCAUUGCUUUGAAUCCAGCCUUUCACUCUCUCUGUAUUAUAUGAUCAAAGAUUUUGUUUUAGUUGCAUUCUUCUAUGUUCUCGUUGAAUGGACCUGGGAAGUAUUUCCUCCUAUGGCACAGCUAUUUAUCACACCAUUGUUCUGGCUUAUUCAGGGUACUUUGUUUACUGCCUUAUUUGUGGUGGGGCAUGACGCAGGCCAUGGCUCAUUCUCCAAUUCAGAGUUAAUCAACACAAUUGUUGGAAACAUUUGUCACACAUUUUUGUUUUGCCCAUACUAUAUGUGGAAGGUGAGUCACAGAAAGCAUCACAAAAACACUGGAAAUAUUGAUAAAGAUGAAGUUUUCUACCCAGUUCGUAAGGCAGACAACAAUUCUAGUAUUCCAUUGUUACAUGGCUUCGGACUUGGUGUUGGCUGGUUUGCUUAUUUAGUGAAAGGAUACAAACCUAGAGGGGUUCAACACUUCAACCCUCUAGACCCAUUGUUUCGCCAGCAUGUAAUGAACUGCACUGUGUCACUUGUGAGUUUAGUCCUGUGGUCAUUUUGCUUGGCCAGAUUUAAGGAGCAGUUUGGUCUGGGAGCUUUGCUGUAUCACUGGGCUGUGCCUGUCUUCAUAUUUGCCUCCUACACUGUGAUCAUCACUUUUCUUCACCACACCGAAGAUGAAAUUCCAUGGUACAGCAAUGAAUUGUGGGAUAACGUCCGUGGGCAGCUUUCUUCAGUUGACCGUUCUUAUGGAUGGUGCCAUUAUAUAAUUCACAGUAUCGGCACACACCAAAUCCACCACCUCUUUCCCAAAGUACCACACUACCACCUAGAGGAAGCAACAGUGGCAUUCAGGAAGGCUUUCCCAAAACUUGUGAAUAUACGUCAUGAGCCCAUUUUACCAGCAUUUUUCAGAAUGUUCAAAAAGUUUGCCCUACAGAAUGUAAUUGAGAAUGACACAAGAGUGCAUUUAUACAAAUGAUUUCUCAGUUAUUGGUAUUACAGCGAUAUCAAAAGAUGUUUCUAUACUAGUGUAUCAUGUUGGUCUUUUAAUAUUAUUAUUAUUUUUUUUUGGUUAGUCUAAUUAUGGUAGCUAUACAUGACACAUAAGAUUACACCAAAAGUAUUACUGUUUUGAUUUCUCCAUUUUAUUUUAUUUUUUUUAAUUUUAUCAUUGUUUUUUAAAGCCUUAAUUAAUUAAUUUUGUUUUUUCCCAGUCACAGUAAAUAAUACAACUUAAAACCCACUUGUAUAGGACAAAAUAAUGAUAUUAUACUUAAUAAUCAAUGUGUUUGGUAAUUCAUUUUUAUCAUUCUAUUUAUUAAAUAAGUAUCUUGGCAGGAACAACAAACCAUAGGAUAUUUUGAAUGCAAUUUAAAAUUGAUAUUUACAAAACAGAAACUAUAAGUAUGGAUGUCAAUGUUUUUGUUUGUUUGAGAAAGAAUGCUUAGAAAAUCAGAUGCACAAAUUCAAAGCAAUGACAUAAAGUUACAGAUUUUACAUAAGCUUUAGAACUGACUAGUCACUAGGGUUUGGCCCCUACACAGUACCCUGUAGUCAAUCUGUAGUACAUGAGAUGUGUGCUGGACUGUAUAGUAGAGUCCUUUAAAAAAAAGGAAUGCUGAAUAAAGAUUUAUUUUCCAACAAAA